GACCAAGCUACAGCAGGUGAAAUAGAAGUUUCAGUUUAGCAAAGACGGCUAAUAUGGAGCGCAAACCUGAGAUGUAUUACGAGACUGGGAGAAGGUGAAGAGAUACGAUAAAAUGAUAAGAAAUGAAAGCGGUCUGACGAACGGUUCUUCAGUGGCCCCCCACGACACUACCCUGAAUCGCCCUCCAUGGGUUGCGACAACUUUGGGAUGCUUUCUGAUUUUCACCAUUGUCGUUGAUAUUUUGGGCAACCUCUUGGUCAUUAUCUCCGUGUACAGAAACAAAAAACUCAGAAACGCAGGCAACGUGUUUGUGGUGAGCCUGGCUGUAGCAGACCUGGUGGUGGCCUUCUACCCCUACCCUCUGGUCCUCUCCUCCAUCUUCAACAACGGCUGGAACCUGGGCUUCAUUCACUGUCAGGUUAGCGGCUUCCUUAUGGGACUCAGCGUCAUCGGCUCCAUCUUCAAUAUCACCGGCAUCGCAAUCAACCGCUACUGCUAUAUAUGUCACAGUCUUAAAUACCACAAGCUGUACAGUGACAAGAACUCCCUGUGUUAUGUCCUGCUCAUCUGGCUGUUGACUGUGGUGGCCCUGGUGCCCAACUUCUUUGUGGGCUCGCUGCAGUACGAUCCCAGGGUGUAUUCAUGUACGUUCGUCCAGUCGGCCAAUUCAGCGUACACCAUCGCCGUGGUCUUCUUCCACUUCAUCCUGCCCAUCAUGAUCGUCACCUACUGCUACCUGAGGAUCUGGAUCCUGGUUAUCCAGGUGAGGCGGAGGGUGAAGCCCGAGUUCAGGCCUAGGCUCACGCCGCAUGAUGUGAGGAACUUUGUCACCAUGUUUGUGGUGUUCGUCCUGUUUGCUGUGUGCUGGGCACCGCUGAACUUCAUCGGACUGGCAGUGGCCGUCAACCCCGCCGCAGUAAUACCCAUGAUUCCAGAGUGGCUGUUCGUGUUCAGCUAUUUCAUGGCCUACUUCAACAGCUGCCUUAAUGCCAUUGUCUAUGGACUGCUCAACCAGAACUUCCGGAGGGAGUACAAACGGAUAGUUGUCUCGCUUUGCACUGUGACGUUGUUGUUCCCUGACAGUUCCAACGACGCUGCGGAGAGAGUCAAGCCAUCCCCUUUAAUAACCAACAACAACCAAGUGAAAGUAGACUGCGUGUGAGAGGUCAUAAAGGGAGCACUGUGAACAAAGACAUACUAAAAACACAUCUCUACUGCUUCCAGACUGCAGGCUUAUUCAUGAUGUAUAUGUACUGAACUGAAGCCAAUGACUCUAACAGCGUGUAUGCAGUUUUUAAACAGAUUCUUCUCAGUCAAGGUGCAUUACAGUAGCUGUAUGUUCCCCUCUGUUUAAAUGUUUACAAUAAUGAACUAUAGAUGUAUGUAUUUAUUUUAUAUUGACAAUGGAUAGUAUGGCAUCAUUUCACAGAAUAGAGCUGAAAGGGUUUCUUACGUUCUGCUAUCUUUACCAGUCUACAGUACUUUAUCUGUAUCUGUAUGAGAAAUAACAUAGUAAUGAUUGUUACUUCUGACUAUAACAUCAAAGUUGUAUUACAUACCGUAGGUUGCUGAUGUAAAGUAAAUUCAGAAGCUUGAAAAGCAAUAUGUUUGUUGUGAAGUGUUUCAUAUGCA